ACCCCCCGAGAUCACCCACGCCGUGCCGAUGUCUGCGCUCUCCUCGGUUCACGUUUAGAAUCACCAUUCUCACAGCCCCACCCCGGAAAUGACCCAAAUAGAAGCCUCCGCCUGUAUAUUGAGGCUCACGGUUGCCGCACCUCGCCGCCCAGAGUGCGGAUUCGUGCGGCUCGCAAAGCAGCUUCCUUACUAUAUUCAGCUAGAAAGUAUCGUGAAUCAAUUUCCAUACUGGAGGAUGCAGUCAACUUAAUACCCAGUGUUGAUCUACGAUUCCUCAAACGCGAUGACCAGCAGCACAUGCUGUCGGAAAUUUCCGGCCUAGCCUCAAUUGCCGCUUCCGUUGCUCUUCAGGCCGGGAGAGAUGCCUAUGACAGUCUCAAGAUACUAGAGCUUGGUCGGGGGAUAAUUAUGGGCUUUUUAAUUGACUCAAGAUCCGAUGUUUCGGACCUCAAAACUGACCACCCACUCACAUUCGACCGAUUUCACCGUCUUCGAGUUGAGAUUGGCUCCCCAGCUGAUGGAAUCAGCAGCGCAAGUGAAGAAACGCCCAAUCAACGCCAAAAUCGUGCAAUAUCAAGACGUUGGGUGGCUGCUAAUGAGAUGGAAGAAAUUCUGAGGUAUAUCCGCGGGUUACCAGGUUAUGCUGGAUUCCUGCUUCCUCCUACGCAGGAUGCAAUGAUGAAAAUGGCAGUGAAUGGCCCAAUCGUUGUCUUCAAUUGCACCGUAUAUAGGAGCGACGCUAUAAUCGUCACCACCUCAGCUAUAACCUCUUUAGAACUUCCCAAAUUAUUAUACGACGAGACAGUUCGCCGCAUGAAGGAAUUGGCUAGUUUUGGAGGAGGAAACUGGAAAAAGCAAGGUCAAGAUAAUAAAAAAAUGAAAGACCUCCUCAUUUGGUUAUGGGGUGCGGCAGUAGGUCCCGUUUUUGACCAUCUUGAAAGCAACGGCAUUCUUAUCGGUGAGGGCAUUGGCGGCACCAAUUUGAACCGGAUUUUGUGGAUCGGGGUAGGCCAAUUGAGUAUAGCACCCUUCCAUGCGGCUGGGGACCAUUCGCGCGGGUCAACCCGUAACACUUUAAGUCGGGCUAUUUCAACAUAUAUCCCGACAAUCAAAGCUCUCACCUAUGCACGCCAAACAAAAUUACGCCUGUUUGAAGAAUAUGGCGCUGCAGUUUCACCGGAGCGUUUUAAGAAGGCCAAAAUACUCAUUGAACGGAAUCCCCGCUUGCUUCUCGUUCCGAUGCCAGAAACACCUGGUGCGGGGGAUCUACCCGGCGUCCAGAAAGAGGUUCUACACAUACUCGAUUUGGCUGCUGGGGGACCGGUUGAAACCACGUUAUUGAGAAAACCUACUCCCGUCGAGGUCCUCAAGGAAGUUAGCCACCACGAAAUUGUCCAUUUCGCCUGCCACGGAGUGUCUAACAUCAACAACCCUUCCGACAGCCACCUAAUUCUGUUCAACCAGGAUAGGGAUAAAGCUGAUAACCUCCGGGCUCGAGAUAUAUCGAAUCUUGUUGCGCAAAAUGCACAGAUUGCAUACCUUUCUGCCUGCUCCUCAGCUAAAAAUUCCUCGGACGACUUAGGCGACGAAGCCAUACACCCUGCUAGCGCAUUUCAGCUCGCAGGGUUUAGCCAUACCCUCGCAAACUUGUGGGAUACUGAUGAUGUUGCGGCCUGUGAAGUUGCGAGUGAUUUCUAUGACCUGCUUUUAAAAAAUCGGGGGCACUGCGACGAUGACCACCAGCUAGUCUCCGCCGCAUUUCACAAGUCGGUGAAGAAAGUUAGGGAUCGGAUACCCGGAAAACCGCUUAUAUGGGCCCCCUUUAUACACACGGGUGCC